GCUUGUAGUGGAGCCUGACGACCAGAGGACCUCACAGCCUUCAUCCUUCAGACGUGUGUGGACCUAAAUGAUGCGUUUACAGAUCGAGCCGGGGCAAAUAUGCAAUGGAGGUCAAUAGUAGUUGGUCUGGUGGUACUGAGACUCUCUCUCAGCUGUGUGCUGUGGCUAGCUUUCGGACUCGGACCUAACGUCAGCUUGGGCUUCAACUUCCCAAUUAGUUUCAGUUUGCACAAAUUCGACUCGUUAUUCAGGGGCGAAAGGGGGACCGAUCCGGUGGGUAAAUCGUGGUCUAAACGAAUACCCGGCCACAGAUAUGGAGAGGCGGCGACCACCUAUGCAAAGGUUGGAGAAGGGUCCCCCAAGAGAUCCUACCUGAGCUUCUUCGAUGGCAACCAGGACGAGUACGUCCGGAAAUACAGCUCCUUCCCGGAUGCACUGAAAGCCGAAAUGAAGGACAUGGCAAAAGAAAUGUUUUAUUUCGGGUAUGACAACUACAUGAAAUAUGCCUUCCCCGAGGACGAACUGAAUCCCAUUGACUGUGAAGGGAGGGGACCAGAUGUGCUAAACCCGUCAAACAUCAACAUAAACGACGUCCUGGGGAACUACUCCCUGACCCUGAUUGACACCUUAGACACCUUACUGGUCCUUGGCAAUGUGACAGAGUUCCACAAGGCUGUCAAACUGGUUAUAGAAACCGUGUCUUUUGACAAGGACUCUACGGUGCAAGUGUUUGAGGCAAACAUCAGGAUCCUGGGCGGCCUGAUCUCAUCUCACAUCCUGCUGACGGACCCGAAACAUCCAUUCGGCAAGGUCGGCUUUGAUGAAUACGACAAUGAGCUGCUUCACUUGGCUCAUGACUUGGCUGUCCGCUUACUACCGGCCUUUGAGAACACCAGCACGGGCAUCCCUUACCCCAGGGUGAACCUGAAGACUGGCGUUCCUCCUGAUAGCAUCAAUGAGACCUGUACGGCGGGAGCUGGGUCCCUGCUGGUGGAGUUUGGGAUUUUGAGCCGCUUGAUUGGAGAUUCAACAUUUGAGUGGGUGGCCAGGCGAGCCGUCAGAGCUCUGUGGAACCUGAGGAGCAAUGAAACCGGUCUGUUGGGGAAUGUAGUUAAUAUCCAAACAGGCCAGUGGGUUGGCAAGCAGAGCGGCCUGGGAGCUGGUAUGGACUCCUUCUAUGAGUAUUUGCUGAAAUCGUACAUCCUGUUUGGUGAGAACGAGGACCACAGGAUGUUCCAAGCUGCCUAUGAGAGCAUUCAGAUCCACAUGAGGAGAGGGAGAGAGUCAUGUAAUGAAGGAGAGGGUGACCCGCCCCUUUACGUUAAUGUGAACAUGUUCAGUGGUGAAAUAAUGAACACCUGGAUCGACUCCCUUCAGGCCUUCUUUCCUGGACUGCAGGUGCUGAACGGGGAUGUCGAUAAUGCAAUUUGCCUGCAUGCCUUCUACUAUGCCAUCUGGAAGCGCUUUGGGGCUUUGCCAGAGAGAUACAACUGGCAGCUGCAGGCUCCCGACGUGCUCUUCUACCCCUUGAGACCAGAGCUGGCCGAGUCGACCUACCUGCUGUACCAGGCGACCAAAAACCCUUUCUAUUUGCAUGUUGGAAUGGAUAUUCUUCAGAGCCUUGAAAAAAAUACCAAAGUCAGGUGUGGGUACGCCACUCUCCACCACGUCGUGGACAAAUCCAAAGAGGAUCGCAUGGAGAGCUUCUUCCUCAGUGAGACUUGCAAAUACCUUUACUUGCUGUUUGAUGAGGACAACCCACUUCACAAAUCCGACAACAAGUACAUCUUCACUACAGAGGGCCAUGUGGUGCCGAUAGACGAGCGCUUCAGGGAGAAGCAGUGGAACGACUUACCCUGUGAAGAGGGCGUGCUGGCAGAACGAGAGCCACGCAAGCGGCCACCACCAAGCAACGGCAGCCAUUGCAACAGGAUCCCAGAGGAGCGACGGUACACUCUACCAUUGAAGAGUGUCUACAUGAGGCAGAUCGAUCACAUGGUGGGCCUUUUCUGAGUUGGAGGAUGCAUGAGCAGGCCUUCAGUCCACCCCCCCUCCCCUCCCCCCUCCAGGUGUGCAGGUGUGGAUGCUUUUAGGUCAAAAAAAAGAAUCCCCUGUCAAAAUCCUCGUCCCAUCUGUUCCGCUGCUCCGGAUCCAGGCAGGGAACUGACACUAAAGCAAACCUGAGAAUGCAGCUGGACCAUUUGCUGUGUGUGUGUGUGUGUGUGAGCAUGUGGUCGACAAAGGUGAACAGCUUUUGUGCUGUAAAAGUCAUGCUUCCUUACCGUUUGCCUGGUGACGAAUUGAGAUUGUGCAAGUGGAUUUUAGAAUUACUGGUGUCUUAAUGUCUUUUGAGUUAAAGUGUGUGUGCGCCUGUGUGCGUGUGUGUGUAUGGCUUUUUGUUAUUACAGCUGAGCUGUGAAUCAUAAUGUGUUCCCGGUAACAGUACCAUCUAGCCACACAUGUACAACGUAUAGCCAACACGAACAACAUCUCUCUUGAAACGUGAUGACGAGUGCCUCUUUGCAGUGGAUUCACUCCACCGGUGCUUUUAAAUAAGGGCUGCACACUAACACUUGUUGACAGUGGGGGAAAAGGCUCAGGAUGACUCGCUGUUUUAAAGUGCCUUAAAUGUUUUCUUAAUCUUUCUGGAUGCGGAACAGUGCAUAUUAUUUCUGGAGAAUAUUGUAUUUUUUUGAGGCCGUUGUCGGUAUUGCACAAUAGAUGUCAUUCCAUGUGUAUGUACUGUUUUACAUUAUUAUGACAUUAGGUUUAAUUUAAUUUUUUUAGUUAAUUUUUUUACACAAAACAAGCCAUAAAAUGUAUUUUGUAAUGUUUAUGAGCAAACAAGUGUUUUGAUUUCCAUCAUUUGUCUGUCAGGUGUAUUAGUACACGGUCUCUCCUCCAUAGCUUGUUCUAGUUUGGAGUAGAUGGAAGUUUCCAUCUGCUGUUUAUCUUUGUUUCUCUAUCACAUAAUUGCACAUCAUGAUACCCAUUAAUUGCCAUCUGUUGAGAACUCAGGGUUUAGAGGAAACACUAAAAUCAACGAAUGCUUUCUCGAAAUGUUGUUGCCGACAAUGUUUUCGGAUUGUCUAAAGUAUUUAUAUUGCAAAUCUUCCAACUUGGUUUUCUGAGGUCAAAUAAUAGCUGCACUGGACUGAAGUACAGUUGUCCUGUGUAUAUUCAUUAUUGUUCCAAACAUACAGAAACCUGUGUGAUGGCUUCUGAACUGAUGUUGGAUGUGUGUCCAGCUCUACUGGAGCAUCUCUUCUGGCCGGGCUCAUGUGUUGCCAAACAACCGGAGUGUCUAGAAAGCGCAGCAGAGCUUCAGGCCGCAUGGCUCGAUUACAUCACAGCAUCGGCAUCUUCUUUGGCUUCAGGAGACGGCUGUUCAUAUUGUCAAGUUGUGUCUGAACUCCUCCAGGCCACAGGAAGGAUUUCUCAGUGUUUUUAAUUUGCCUGAAACAACCCCGACCGCUCUCUCAGAUUAUCCUCAAAGAAACAGUGGGACAUUUUGGGAUUAUGCUCUCUUGCUCGGAACUAGAUGAAAUGGUCGCUACCACUUUGUGCCAUUUUGGGACCCGUUAUUGGCUCGCAUGCAGAUUACAUAAUAGGAGCGAAUUAACCUAACAAAUGUUUGAUUACAGAUUAAUUGGUCUCUUAUUGCACAUUUGGUGAAAUGGGCCCAUGUAUGGUAAUCCCAUCUCAGCUAGUGGUUCGCUUAGUUUAGCACAAAAACAGGAAACGAGGAAAAAGCAACAAGAACGUGUUAAUCAGUGAACUUCUAAGAUGCUAGUCGGCAGAUUUGGGUGGAAAGAGUUCCGGUGUACGUGCUAAGCUAAGCGACAGAUGUAAAGAGAUGGUGGAUGUAGCUUGAAAUGUACUUGACUGACAUGAAAGAAGUAUCAAUCUUCUCACAUGACUUUGGGCAAGAAAGUGUGUAUUUCCCAAAAUGUCAUAUCAUGCCUUUAAUUUGUCUGAAAUUGAAGGUAAAGGCUGUUUACUUCUAAACAUCAGAAAAACAAAACAUUAAAUAACAAAUUGUGAACAAGA